AUGGCUUCACCUAAUGGUUUUUUUAACCACUUAACCUAUUUUCUGGGUGCUGGUGCUGUUACUUUGGGAAUUGGUUUCUUCGCUUUGGCAUCAGCUUUGUGGUUCCUGAUUUGCAAACGAAGAGAAAUAUUUCAAGAUUCCAAAUUUAAAACAAUUGAUGAGAGAUGCAGACCAAGACCAUCCAAGGCAAAGAUUAAGUCUCAUUCUCAGUGUGUUUUUAUUUCUCGAAAUUUUCAUACUGGAAAUUUCCAAUUACAGGAGGAGCAAAGAAAAAAGGAAACAGCACAUAUAAAAGCAAUUAAAGAUUAUUCUAAAGAUGAAUUCUGCCUUGCAACAAAAAAAGUCAUCUGUGACCCCUCAGAGACUAGCUCGGCAACAAAUCCCAGCAGUGUUACCUUAAGCUUAUCAACGUUACCAUCUGAUUCUUAUUACAGCCAAAGUAUAGAAGUAGCUGAUGACUGGUUUUCUGAUGAUUCCCUAGUGAAAAAGAGCCCUCCAAUGCCUUUUCUCGGGGAGCCUGUAAUGGAGAAAGUAUUUUCAUACUUGUCAACCAUUCCAUUAGAAGAAUGUACUGGAAAUGUACUAAAUAUGACACUUUAUGAUGAUCAAAAAGAUGACAACAUUAAGGGAAUAUUUACACGAAGAAAUACAGAGGUUGAAAUACAAAACCUUCAACAUAAUAUUGAAUGA